UAAAAGAGACAACAGUCUCUCACUCUCACCUGUCACCUGAACAUGAACGAGUAAAAGGCACAACAGUAAAAGCGUAGGACCAGAGAAGAAGAAGAAGAAGAAGAAGUGAGAAAGAAGCAUUGCUCAUGAGGCCUGAGAUUGUGCUGUUCGGAGACUCAAUUACAGAGCAAUCCUUCAGAUCGGGUGGCUGGGGUGCCGCUCUAGCUGAUACUUACUCUCGCAAGGCUGAUGUAAAAGUUCGUGGGUAUGGUGGGUACAACACCCGAUGGGCAUUGUUCUUGAUGCAGCACCUCUUCCCUCUGGAUUCUAAAAAGCCUCCUGCUGCUGCCACAAUUUUCUUUGGGGCCAAUGAUGCUGCUAUUUUGGGGAGAACAAGUGAACGACAACAUGUUCCUGUUGAAGAGUACAAGGAGAAUCUCAGAAAAAUUGUUCUUCAUAUGAAGGAGUGUUCUCCCACCAUUUUGAUUGUGCUUAUUACUCCACCACCUGUUGAUGAGGAUGGGCGUAAUGAAUAUGCCCGAUCUUUAUAUGGUGAGGAUGCUAGGGAAGAGCCGGAGAGGAUGAAUGAAGUGACAGGUGUGUAUGCAAAGAAGUGCAUUGAGCUAGCUGAGGAAAUGGGUCUCCGCUCCAUCAAUCUUUGGUCCAAGUUGCAGGAAACGGAGGGUUGGCAGAAGAAAUUUCUGAGUGACGGGUUGCAUCUAACACCAGAAGGCAAUGCUGUAGUCCACCAAGAAGUUGUAAGAGUUUUCGGGGAAGCAUGGUUUUCUGCUGAAGAAAUGCCUCAUGAUUUCCCUCACCACUCAGACAUUGAUGGGAAGAACCCUGAGAAAGCUUUCCAGCAACGAUGCACAUAAUAUAAUUUCGUGGUCUGCUUGAAGUUUUCCAAAUUUUCAGAGUCAAAUGCUACAUUAAUAUUUACCCCAGAAACACAUUGUUUCUGUUGGCGAUUGCACUAUGUACAGCAUUCUAUAUGAGAUGAAUAAUAUUUUAUCUCUUUUGCAUUGAAAUCAA